CAACUCGCCUUCCACGUAGAUCCCUCCUUCCCCUUCCCGCCACCAUGGCGGCCGCCGCCGCCGCCGCCUCAACGGUGUCCGCAAUCUCCGCCCACGUCGCCGCCGGCCGCCUCUUCGCCGCCAUCGACGCCCUCACCCCGUCCUCGUCCUCUUCGCCGAUCCCGUCCUCACUCUACGCCUCGCUCCUCCGCCUGGCCACCUCCCGCCGCUCCAUCGCCGCCGCCCGCCGCAUCGCCUCCCACCUCGCCUCGUCAUCUUCCCCUUCCACCUCCGGAUCCUCCAUCCCCACCUUCCUCCUCAACCGCGCCAUCGAAUUGCUAGCUGCCUGCGGCAGCCUCGCCGACGCGCGGGAGCUGUUCGACGCAAUGCCGCGCCGGGACGGCGGUUCUUGGAACGCCAUCAUCUCCGCAUCGUCCCGCGCUGGGAACCCAGCGGAAGCCAUCUCCCUCUUCGCCGCCAUGAACUCUCUGGGCGUUCGCCCGAAGGACGUCACACUGGCAUCAGUGCUUGCCUGUUGCGCCGAGUGCCUCGACCUGUGUGGUGCGCAGCAACUCCACGCUCAUAUCGCCAAGAGGGACUUUCAGUCCAAUGUGAUUCUUGGUACGGCACUGGUUGAUGUGUACGGGAAGUGCCUCUUGCUUGCGGAUGCAAGGUUGACAUUUGAUGGCAUCCUGCAACCCAAUGCCAUUUCAUGGAAUGUCAUUAUCCGGCGAUAUCUUCUUGCUGGGAUGGGCGAUAUGGCUGUCCAGAUGUUCUUCAGGAUGGUAUGGGCCGGAGUUAGACCACUUGUUUAUACUGUCACACACGCAGUUCUUGCUUGCCGGGAUAACAACGCGCUUAAAGAAGGGAGGUGCAUACAUACCUUUGUGCUCCGACAUGGGUAUGAGCGCCACGUGCAUGUGCGGAGCUCAGUCGUAGAUAUGUAUGCCAAGUGUGAUGCUAUUGAUGCAGCGCAGAGGCUCUUCAACUUGGCGCCAAUGAAGGAUGUGGUGAUGUCCACUUCAAUUGUCUCAGGAUUGGCUGCUUGUGGGAGGAUUGCUGAUGCGAAGCGGGUGUUUGAUGGGAUGGAGCAGCACAAUUUGGUGUCCUGGAAUGCUAUGUUGACCGGUUAUGUCAGGUCCCUGGAUCUGACUGGUGCUUUAGAUUUGCUCCAGCAGAUGAGACAGGAGACAAAGGAGCUUGAUGAGGUUACACUUGGUUCAGUGCUCAAUGCUUGUACUGGGCUGCUUGACCUUACGAAAGGUGAGGAGGUUCAUGCUUUUGCUUUCAAAUGCGGUUUGUUCAGUUAUCCCUUCCUGAUGAAUGCACUUGUGAGGAUGUACUCCAAAUGCGGGUGCCUGAGGAGUGCAGAACAGCUUCUUCUCUUUGAGAUGGGAUCAGAAAGAGAUAGAUACUCCUGGAACUCACUGAUCUCAGGUUACGAACGCCACUCCAUGAGUAAAGAAGCACUGCAUGCUCUACGUGAGAUGCAAUCCGAAGCGAAACCUAGCAAGUCCACGUUCAGCUCUGCACUUGCAGCCUGUGCGAACAUAUUUCUGCUUAAGCAUGGGAAGCAGAUUCAUGCAUACAUGAUGAGAAACGGUUAUGAGAUUGACGAUAUACUGCGAAGCGCACUGAUUGACAUGUACUCCAAGUGUAGGUUGUUUGAUUAUUCCAUUAGGGUCUUUGAGGCGGGAUUAUCACAUGACGUCAUCCUGUGGAAUUCUAUUAUCUUUGGAUGUGCUUACAAUGGUAAAGGUGACCAUGGGCUUGAAUUGUUCGAUGAUAUGAGGAAGCAGGGGAUUAGGGCAGACUCUGUCACUUUCCUUGGUGCACUGGUUUCAUGUAUCUGCGAGGGACAUGUUGGAUUGGGAAGGAGUUAUUUCACUCUGAUGACUGAUGAGUAUAGCAUCGUCCCUCGGGUCGAACACUAUGAGUGCAUGAUCGAACUAUUGGGCAAGCAUGGAUACAUGGUUGAGCUAGAGGAUUUCGUGGAGCACAUGCCAUUUGAGCCAACAACUGCAAUGUGGCUCAGGAUCUUCGACUGCUGCAGAGAAUAUGGGAACAGAAAGUUAGGGGAGAGAGCUGCGCAGCAUAUCAAUGACAGCAAUCCCCUGACUCCAGUUAGAUUUGAGUCCAUCCCUGAGUACAUGCAGUGAUGGUGACAAGGCAGAGUCCAUGUCAUUCAGGUCGGGGGGACAAAACUGGUGAGAAUUGUGGUUCUCCCUGUGAGCCGUGAGAUUUAUUGUUAGGUCACUGAGACGCUAAAUGUCCAAUCUGUUAGAAGGGACAAACUUGAAAAAUGACCUUUUAGCUGCCUGUAAGCUGGCAGGAUCAGCAUUGACAAGACCUGGCUUUGAUGAAGAUUCAAGCAGAGCCCAUAUAUAAUUUACAUAGUUGAUGUCUAUCAAGACCCCAAGCUUCCUCUGCUGUUUUGGUGGGUUUGAAUUGGGGCACAAUGUGGUUAACAGGUGUAUAAUCACAUAGCACUGAAUUGCCCAAUUGCGGACUUCACAUGAGCCACUUAUCUGCAUCUCAAGUAAAGUAAGACUAUCACAUUUCGAGUUCAAGCUUGCUCUAUGUAACCAUGUCUCGGUUUAGUUUUGGGACUUGCUCUACAAUGAGAGCUCUGGGAGAGAAAAUGGCAAGCCUCAGCAGUAGGAAGAUGCUGAGCAGUUGUCAAGCCUUGCUGCCUUUUGCUUCCUCCUUGCUUUCUUAUUACAGUUGGCGCCUUGCAUCUGGUUACCUGCCUGUCAUGUGUAAAUACCUCUGCUCCCUUUGUUGAAAGAGUAAUUGUUGGCCGAACGCGGAAUAUCUUUAUGAAGUGGGCAGGAUUAUAAUCUGCCAUGCGGCUAAAGCUCCGAUGCAGUAAUAUUACCUCAUGAUUAGAAUGAUGAAAUUGGUACGAUGGUUGAUAGCAAGGAACAUUAUCUAUCCAUUCUUUUCUGCAAUUAUUUGAUACUGCAACAACAGGUGCGAUGCCAUCAGAAACACAGUUGGAAACUGAACUACUUUGAAGAUUGACAUUUUCUUUGAGAUGUUGCUGAGGAAAUAGU